CUAGUGCGGCCAAUAUGAGGCCAGCCCCAGAUCUGCCUUAUGGUAUAAAUGUUAAUAAUAAUAGCUCGCUAUUCAAUAGAGAUGUUUCUCUAAGAGAAAACAUGGUGAUUCGUACCUCAAACUCAAGGCGUUCAAGUAAUGACAUCGAUACUUACAUCACCAAGGCGCAGAAGGAGUUGGAAGAAACUCUAACUAAAGCAGCAAAGGAAGCUGCUACUGAAUUUGAAUUAGGCUUAUCUGGUGAGGCCACCUCUUUAGGACCUACUUUUGAAAGACGUACAGAUUGUGACAGCAUAAUGAAAGCACACAGAGAGUACUCAGAGUUUCUGAAGCAAAAGUAUAGCAUCUGAAAGAUAAAUAGUAAAAAUUUAUUUACUGGAUGUCUACACAACAUUUUAAUUGUUUCCUGUUAAAUGGAUGAUAUGCAAAAAUCUUUAUUAAAGGAAAAUAUU